AGGCGCGUACGAGCCAUGAGCAAUGGGGGGAGGGUCCGAGUACUAGAACGACAUUGCCACGACAUGACUCAUCUCUGCCACUGCAUUGCUCUUCUUCGAUGCAGCUUCGUCAGGGGCAGACAUCUCAGGACCAUGGCACGGGCUUGGAUUCGAUGCCCGAGCAGUUUCUUUCCCCUAACCCAUAUGCGUACACAGGAUAUGAUGCAUACACCCAAGGACACACCUGAUGUUAAUUGGGGCGAUGAGAACACCCAACGCGGCGUCAACACAGGCCUCCGGGGAGCAUCACAUGAUCAUGGCGUCAACACAGGCCUCCGGGGAGCAUCACAUGAUCUUGGCUACACGGUUACAUCAUUAGUUACAGAGUUCUUCGGAGGGGAUGUUAUUGGCCCAUCUUUUAUCCCCCCGGAGUCACAACCAUACGCCUACAAUUACGCUUCAGGUUCGCAACAAGGAUUCGCGACUCCACCACCUACGCAGGACUCGCAGACACAUGAAGCCGAAUUGGAGUACGGCCGCGGUCUUCGUGUGACCCGGCCACCUAAUCGCUUGUCGCCUUUCGGUCAUAAGGAAAGGCCAGGUGGUCGUCGUAAAGUAGGGUGA